AUGUCUGCCGAACUCGCCGUCGUUUACGCUGCUCUCAUCCUCGAAGAUGACAACAUUGAAAUCACCGCUGACAAGCUCCAAACCCUUGUCUCUGCUGCUGGUGUCGAAGUUGAACCUAUCUGGUUCUCUCUCUAUGCUAAGGCCCUCGCUGGUCAAGACCUCAAGUCUCUCCUCAUGAAUGUCGGUGCUCCUGGUGCUGCUCCUGCUGGUGGCGCUGCUGCUGCUGGUGGUGCUGCUGCCGGUGGUGAUGCUCCCGCUGAAGAAGAAAAGGCUGAGGAAAAGGAAGAAUCUGAUGACGAUAUGGGUUUCGGUCUCUUCGAUUAAAGGAAUGAUUACAGCUCUUUAAUAGUAUUGAAUUAUCAUUAAUCACCCAGCAACAGCACCUUAUAUCUACA